CGCACCGUACGUCAAUGGCGGCUAGGAGAGACUGGCGGAAGCUAGUUUUCCAACAUGGCGGCCGAGGCGGACGGCCCGCUCAAACGAGUGCUGGCGCCGCUUCUCUUACCUGAGAAAUGCUACGACCAAAUUUUCGUCCAGUGGGACUUGCUUCACGUUCCCUGUCUCAAGAUUCUCCUCAGCAAAGGCCUGGGUCUGGGCAUUGUGGCUGGGUCUGUGCUGGUAAAACUGCCCCAGGUGUUCAAAAUUCUGAGAGCCAAGAGUGCCGAAGGGUUGAGCCUUCAGUCCGUGAUGUUAGAACUGGUGGCGUUGACAGGCACCAUGGUCUACAGCAUCACCAACAACUUCCCCUUCAGCUCUUGGGGUGAAGCCCUGUUCCUGACGCUCCAGACAGUCACCAUCUGCUUCCUGGUCCUGCACUACAGAGGACAGACUGCGAAAGGUGUCACUUUCCUAGUGUGCUAUGCACUGGUCCUGCUGGUCCUGCUGUCACCACUAACGCCCCUGUCCGUGGUCACCCUGCUCCAGGCCUCCAACGUGCCUGCUGUAGUAGGGGGGAGGCUGCUCCAGGCAGCCACUAACUACCGGAACGGGCACACAGGCCAGCUCUCCGCUGUCACGGUCUUUCUGCUCUUUGGGGGCUCCUUGGCCAGAAUCUUCACCUCCGUUCAGGAGACCGGAGACCCCCUCAUGGCUGGAACCUUCGUGGUCUCUUCCCUCUGCAACGGCCUCAUUGCUUCCCAGCUCAUCUAUUACUGGAACGUCAAGGCCCCCAUCAAGAAGAAAAAGCAGUAGGGAUGAGCCGGCUACUGGAGUCCCCUCCACGUUUCCACCCACGCACCCACCCUCCCUCAGGGUCAUUCUCAUCCGAACCAGUCCGCUGGUGUGACUUCUGAUCAUUCAUUCCACUGCAACUGUAAAAUUCUGAGCCAGAGUUUUAGUGGGACUGCAGAUCCUUAGAAGGGGUAGGGAUUUCCAGGCUGACGUCUGGCAGUUACUGCCCGCUGUCCCGUGCAUGUACUACCGGUUCAUUUAUUUUGGCUGAGAUUCCUCCUACUUAGGUAUUCUGGGGCCAAGGUCUGCCCUGUCCUCCCCAUCUCCCUACUUCCCUGAUGGCCUAGAGGACGGAGUCUGGCCAGUGGAAGGAACUAGGGGUUUGCGGCCGCCUCCCUCCCUGAACCUGGUUGGGACGGUCUCCAGGACCCCAGUGCUGGGUAGGGUGUGGGGAAGGGGGACGAGAAUGACUCAGGCAGGGCCCCAGGGUGGGGUGAGGAGGUUCCUGCUCUGGCAGGUCCAGGCGGAAGGGAGUGGAGGCUGCUGGUUCCUGCUGCAGUGAAGGGGAACAGAAUGGGGCAAUAAAGACUCAGAGACCUGGUUUAAUCAUAAAAA